CCAUCCCCAGUGGUCCCCAUCCCGUAGCAAUGCCGUGUCCCCAGUGGUCCCCCAUCCCAGUGGUCCCCAUCCCAGUGGUCCCCAUCCCAUAGCAAUGCUGUGCCCCAUUGUCCUCAUCCCAGUGGUCCUCAUCCCAGUGGUCCUCAUCCCAUAGCAAUGCCAUGUCCCCAGUGGUCCCCAUCCCAGUGGUCCCCAUCCCCAUGGUCCCCAUCCCAUAGCAGUGCCAUGUCCCCAGUGGUCCUCAUCCCAGUGGUCCCCCAUCCCCAGUGGUCCCCAUCCCAUAGCAAUGCUGUGUCCCCAUCCCAUAGCAAUGCUGUGUCCCCAUUGUUCCCAUCCCAGUGGUCCCCAUCCCAUAGCAGUGCCGUGUCCCCAGUGGUCCCCAUCCCCAUGGUCCCCAUCCCAUAGCAAUGCUGUGUCCCCAUUGUCCCCAUCCCAGUGGUCCUCAUCCCAUAGUAAUGCUGUGUCCCCAUUGUCCCCAUCCCCAUGGUCCCCAUUCCAUAGCAGUGCCAUAUCCCUAGUGGUCCUCAUCCCAGUGGUCCCCACCCCCGUGGUCCCCAUCCCAUAGCAAUGCUGUGUCCCCAUUGUCCUCAUCCCAGUGGUCCCCAACCCCGUGGUCCUCAUCCCAUAGCAGUGCCAUGUCCCCAGUGGUCCCCAUCCCCAUGGUCCCCCUCCCAUAGCAAUGCUGUGUCCCCCUCCCAUAGCAAUGCUGUGUCCCCCUCCCAUAGCAAUGCUGUGUCCCCCUCCCAUAGCAAUGCUGUGUCCCCAUCCCAGUGGUCCCCAUCCCAGUGCGGUGCCAUGUCCCCAUUGUCCCCGUCCCCAUGGUCCCCAUCCCAUAGCAGUGCCAUGUCCCCAGUGGUCCCCAUCCCCAGUGGUCCCCCAUCCCGUAGCAAUGCUGUGUCCCCAUUGUCCUCAUCCCAGUGGUCCCCAACCCCGUGGUCCUCAUCCCAUAGCAGUGCCAUGUCCCCAUGGUCCCCAUCCCAGUGCGGUGCCGUGUCCCCACUGUCCCCAUCAUCCCCAUCACAGAGUGACGAUGUCCCCCCAUGGUCCCCCUCUCAGGGCAGUGCCAUUCCCCACUGUCCCCCCUCCCAGUCUGAUGCCACCCCCCCCCACCAUGGUCCCCCUCUGCCCACCCCAUUGCUGCGCCGUCCCUGUGCCCCAUUUUCCCCAUCGCAGAGCAGCGCCGUGUCCCCACGGUGCCCCCGUAACGAAGCAGCGCUGCCACCCUCCGUGCCCCAUGGCCCCCCCCCCCCGCCAUGGGGCGGCGCCGUCCCCCAGGCCCUGAGGUGGGGGGUGGGGGGCACAGCCCAAUGCCCACCGCCGCUCCCCAUAGAGAUCCUGGCGGGCAGCGUGUACAUCGAGAAGAACGAGCAGCUGUGCCACGUGGACACGGUGGAGUGGAGGGACAUCAUGCGGGACCCCCGGCUGGAGCCCGUGGUGGGGGACAACGGCAAAGCAUGUGCGUGGGGCUGGGGGCACCGCACCCACACUGACCCCAUGCAGACCCCACACUGACCCCACACCCCAUAGAAAUCCCUCGCUGACCCCGCACACCCCACACUGACCCCCC